ACCCAAACAAUAUUUCUCCCUCUCAUACGUACCAGAUUUGAGUGAGAGAAUAAGAAAAACCAUUGCGAAGUUUACACCAAACAUCACAUUGAGUUUCAAAACACACAACACCACCGAACGUCUUUUCUCCCAGCUCAAAGAUAAAAUUUCCCUUCUUGACCACACCAACGUUAUCUACAAAUUGUCCUGCAGCUGUGGAUUAGGAUACGUGGGUCGUACUAGCAGAAAACUUGGGCAGCGCAUUUCUGAGCACGUAAGGUCUUUGAAAGACACCACCAGGGUUUCCUCCUCUUUGGUGGGACACUGCCGUGAACAUCGUACUCAUUCCUUUGACUUCGACAACCCCAAGAUUUUGAGUCAGACGAGAUUUUCCCGCCAUUUGAACGUUAUGGAGAUGUUCUUUAUUCGGCUCCAGCAGACUGGUUUGGUCAACGAUCGACAGGAAGGCAGCUCCCUUUCGCCGUACUACUCACCAGUGAUCUGGCAGAGUUCCCGUGACGUGGUGGUGCCCAAUGGUUGACGUCAGUGUUUGUUCAUUUCAACAUUAUGUUUAGUUUUUCUCAAUUUUCAAUUACGCCUUGCUAAUGUAAGUUUCUUUAUUAAUUUCUUUUGCUUUUGCUCAUCCGCUAUGGAAUUGUAUACGCGUUUUUCUUCCAAAAAGUUUUUACUUAGUUUUUUCCGUUAAAUUUUUUAAAAAAAGUUUGUAAAAAUUUUUCUUAAAGAAAUCUUUGUAAAUUUUCUCCCCCUUCCCAGAGCCUGAUGAUGCUAAUUAAAUCUAUUAGCGAAACGUCGCUAUUUAGCAUAAAAUAAGCUUGCAUUAUUAUUGACUGCGAUCCGAAGCUACCUCAAACACAACAUUACACAGUCGUUAAAAAGUUCCCUCAAAUUCAUCAUUUCGGACAAAGAAGCCCCUUCCAGACGUCUCAAUAUCAUGCCCUCUUUUUUCAAAUCUGUUGAAUCGUCCUCUGGACCACAGGCCUCUUCUUUCAAGCUUCUUGCGAAGCUCCACCUGAAGCAAGUUAGAGCUCUUGCAAAGAAGGAUUUCUUGCUGAAGUGCAGAAGAUUUGGUUUGUUCCCUCCACACAUCAGUAACUGUUUUAAUUGCCUGAACAACACUUUGGUCACUUCAUCGCCAUUCACCGACCGUUGGGAAAGAAUAAUUGUCGAGUUCAAAAAUAAAACCCUGAAUUUGGAAAUCAAACAAGUGCACUGGGAACUAAAGCAAUUGGACAAAAAGAAGAACUCCCUUGUUGCAUCAUUACGAGGUCAUGAGUCUCUCAGCACCUUUGUUCAGUUGCAAGAGGUCUUUAUGAAUAGGAAAUUGAAACGAAUUGUCGCCGCCCAGGAGGGCAAAAUUAAUGGUCUCAAAUCGCGUUCUCAAGAUUUUGCUGUUUCUUCCACCAGUGACUGGCUGAUCAAUCUCACUGAUAAGACCAUUCCUCAUGAGGCCACUUUCUUGCUUAGUUUGGGACCUAAGAUGGGGCUCCCUUUGGACAGUAAGGGUGACGUUCCUCUUCCCCAGAUGAUCGCGGAGAUUGAGUCGAUUGUUCAGUCCAUCGACAGCUCUGAAGAGGACCUCAAUCGUCUCCGUUCUGAAGUCACGGGCAAUAUCAAGAAUUUUUUCCACAAAAACAAGAGGGAAUUACCACACGAGAAGAGGCUCAAGAUUGCCAAACAGAUUACGUCACGUUUCUUGAAAGAUAACCCUGAUAUAAUUGUCACUAGAUCUGAUAAGGGCAAUAAAUCCGUUGUCAUGUCCAAGGAAGAAUAUCUGGAAAAGAUGAGGCUGUUAGUGGGUGACCAAGAGACUUACAAGCUUUCCCACAAGGAUCUCACAACUUUUUAUCAAACCAAAAACAAUGAACUGGUCAGCAUUUUAUUUGAAGGUGGACACUUUGAUCUGCUGACAAAAAGAUCCCUGAUGACAUAUAAAGCUCUCCCUCCCAGGAUCUACGGAUUACCCAAGAUCCACAAAUCUGGAGUACCACUUCGACCUAUUGUGAGCUGUAUAGGGUCGCCCACGCACGCUCUCAGCAAAUUCUGCAGUGACAUCUUAAAGAAUUUGACGUUUAACUCCCCAUACAAUGUCAAGAAUUCUUUUGAAUUCGUUGACAGGAUCAGCCAGCAUACCAUUGAGGACGAUGAGAUUAUUGUCAGCUUCGACGUUGUCUCGUUGUUCACGAACAUACCCAGGAGUUUGGUGCUUGAAGUGAUUGAGAGAGAUUGGAGUGCCAUCGAACGCCACACCACCAUUCCUUUUUGUCUUUUCAAGAGGAUGGUCUCUCUCAUUAUGCAAAGUGGCUUUUUCAAAUUCCGAGGACAGUUUUAUGCACAAUUGGAGGGGAUGCCCAUGGGUGGAUGUUUAUCUCCGGUGGUGGCUGACAUAGUAUUGGACCAUGUUAUUUCGGAGGCGCUGAGGGUACUUCCAUCUCCCCCCAAAUUGAUCACAAAGUACGUGGACGAUCUUUUUCUUAUCCUAAAAAGAGAUGAGAUUGAUAACACCUUGGAUACGUUUAACAGCAUACACAGCAAAAUCACUUUUACGUGUGAGAGGGAAGUUGAUUGCUGCAUUCCUUAUUUGGACACUGUCGUGACACGACACUGUGACGGUUCUCUGUCCACCAGCUGGUACAGGAAGCCCAUCGCUUCAGGGAGAUUGCUCAAUUAUUUGUCGGCGCAUCCACUGUCCCAAAAACUCAAUACGGUCCAGGGUUUCAUUCAUAGAGUGACCAAACUAACCACAAACAGCGAAUUUGACACCAAGAAAAUUAUCUUUGAGACACUUCAAGAGAAUGGUUAUCCAAAACAGCUGAUCAAUAAGAUGUGCCUUCGUGCGAAUAACACGACGAUCGACGAUCCGCCUGCUGCUGAUGUCACUGUGGGAGAGAACGAGACACCCAAACAAUAUUUCUCCCUCUCAUACGUACCAGAUUUGAGUGAGAGAAUAAGAAAAACCAUUGCGAAGUUUACACCAAACAUCACAUUGAGUUUCAAAACACACAACACCACCGAACGUCUUUUCUCCCAGCUCAAAGAUAAAAUUUCCCUUCUUGACCACACCAACGUUAUCUACAAAUUGUCCUGCAGCUGUGGAUUAGGAUACGUGGGUCGUACUAGCAGAAAACUUGGGCAGCGCAUUUCUGAGCACGUAAGGUCUUUGAAAGACACCACCAGGGUUUCCUCCUCUUUGGUGGGACACUGCCGUGAACAUCGUACUCAUUCCUUUGACUUCGACAACCCCAAGAUUUUGAGUCAGACGAGAUUUUCCCGCCAUUUGAACGUUAUGGAGAUGUUCUUUAUUCGGCUCCAGCAGACUGGUUUGGUCAACGAUCGACAGGAAGGCAGCUCCCUUUCGCCGUACUACUCACCAGUGAUCUGGCAGAGUUCCCGUGACGUGGUGGUGCCCAAUGGUUGACGUCAGUGUUUGUUCAUUUCAACAUUAUGUUUAGUUUUUCUCAAUUUUCAAUUACGCCUUGCUAAUAGCCUGAUGAUGCUAAUUAAAUCUAUUAGCGAAACGUCGCUAUUUAGCAUAAAAUAAGCUUGCAUUAUUAUUGACUGCGAUCCGAAGCUACCUCAAACACAACAUUACACAGUCGUUAAAAAGUUCCCUCAAAUCUCAAAGAUCCGCAUUGCCAAGAAUUUACAAAAAUAUUUACCAAUAAGUCAUGCAAAAAUUAUUAACAAUUGGAAACAAUUUAGUUACAAUCAAUGAAUUUUUUUAGAUCUUGAUGAGAAUCAAUUGCAAAAACGGUACCUCUUCCCCUCUUACGCAGCAGAAUUCGACCUUGUUGGUGCCACGCAAAAGCCCAGCCUUUUUUCGUAGCAGCCUCUCUUGCUUUAUUGAACAGCUCCCUACGGGAUUUGCUCAAUCUCUCACUCACGCUCAACUCGAUUGGUAUUCCCCCAAACUCAAUUGCCGUUGAUCCAGACCUUUUUCGAUUUCUCCAGUGUUGCAUUGCAAUCUCUCUUGUCCGCCUCGAAGCAAAACGCACAAUCAUGACACAAUUUUUUCCUGGAUUAUCAGCAGCGUCCCGCUCUUUGGAACCAGAUUGAUUUUUUGCCACUAUUUUUUUCUUAAUGAUGGUAACUUGAUCCAAAUCACCUUGAUCCACAGAAAUUCCAAUUUCCUUCAAGGUACACUCAGCUUGAGCAAACUUGCGUUUUUCGUUGACAUUGGGUAUACCAUCUAUCACAAUUGCAUUCAAGUCACAAGGUUCUGGGUCCACAUCACUCAAACGAUCCUCCAGAGAGAUGAUCUUAGCUUUCAACGCAUCAUUUUCUUCCUUCAGUCCAGUGAGUUCCUUUGAGAAUGACGAAAAAAUUGUUUCCAUUUUCUCCAUAUAUUUGUCCACUCGAUCAAAUCUCCUUUCAAAGAACAAUAUGAUACUCAACUUCAAAAAAUCGUCAAAAGCAGAUAAAGAUUUGCCCGAAAAUGUUAAAAGCUACGUAGCCAUUGUGUUUUUUAUGCUUCUUUGCAUACAUGAAACAUUGCAGUUGAUGUUCUAUCAAUAAUAUUUGACAAUAAGAAUUUUUGAAAUAUAUUUUGAAGAUACUCAACUUCAAAAAAUCGUCAAAAGCAGAUAAAGAUUUGCCUAAAAAUGUUAAAAGUACAUCAUUAUUGUGUUUUUUUGCUUCUUUGCAUACAUGAAACAUGGCAGUUGAUGUUUCAUCAAUAAUAUUUGCUAAGAAGAAUUUUUGAAACAUAUUCUUGAGAUAGUCAAUUUGAAAAAUGUUUCAAAAACAUUUUGAAAAAAUUCUUUGAAGAAACAUUAGCGCAAAUGUUUCAUGCAGUAUCAUUAGAAUUCUCUUUCUCAAGUGGGCAAGAUAUGAUUUUUUUUUCAUUUAUUCUACAAAAUGUCGUAUUGAAAUAAAAAAAAAAAAUAGCUCCACACUUAAUGACUCACCGGAUUUACCUAAAUACAGUUUCCCAUAAUUUUAUCUCGCAGAAAUUCUUACACUCAGAGAAAAGGUUUUAAAAUGUUUCUUACAACAUAAUAAGUUUCUUUUUUUUUUGCCUUAUAGAAUUCUUUCCAAGUUUAUUUAUCAUUGAUGGUAAAAUGGGGAGAAAUGCAAAGUCUGCCCUCUUUUCAUGUUGGAAUUUAACAUUAUUUUUUUUUUAUAACUUUCUCACAUAAUAAGAUUAGGUGUGCCACUGUGCCUGGCUCAUUUCUAUUGACGAUGUGUUGUUGUUAGUUAAUAGUGCUGUGAGUAAGCAAAGUUGAGAAGUUGAGUGAAGGCAGCGUCCGGCAAUUUGGGUCUCUCUUGCACACAAAAGUGCAUAUAGUGAUAAAUCUUUUUUUUUCUGGUGAGUCCAGCCAAGAGAAAAUUUUAAUUUUCUUUCCUUUUUUCACGUCAAGAAAGAAAAAACUUAAAGUAAUGCCAAAUUUUGCAAAUAAAUCCAUUAACUGACAAACAAAGAAGAUCCUUCGUUACAUUGCACAGACACCGUCUAUACGAUACAAUGUUGUCUUGACGGUGAGAGAAGAGAAAAAGAAGCGAUUGAUGGUAUAACAACGAAUAUAAUAUUAAUUCUAAAUGCAAAAUCAUUAAAUUGCGAACCUUGAAAAUAUUCCAUCUCACAACACAAAUUCUAAUUGUGUGUGGAAGUGUGUGCAGUAGCAAAAAAAAAAAGACGGUGGAUAUAUAAUUUAUUUUAAAAAUAGCCAUCGACUAAGUAACUUAAGAAUGUAUAGUGAUAUUUGCUGAAUGCGUGCAAAAAAAAUCAUUAUAACAAAAAUAAUUGAGAAGUUUUCACGGGAAGGCUCAUUGAAAUAUUUUAAAAAUAAAAAAAAAUGCUGUGUAGAUUAAAAUCAUAAGUGGAAGGAACUUUGCAUGAUACUCGCAUUGGUAUUGAGAUGAAAUUCUGAUUAUUUCAAUAAGAUUUAGGUGUUUGGGAAUUGAGGGGAAAAUUGAAUGUUUUUGGGGUAGAAAAAUCGAGGAAAAAAUAAUUUCAUUUACUUGAAAUUAAUUAGUAAUUAUUUUUUAACGUUUUAAUUAAUAAUUAAAUUUAGAUCAAAUUAAAAUAAUUAAAAUUAAAUUCAAAGAUCACAGAUUGGCGAAAGCUUAAAAAAUAGGUACUAAAGUUAAGCUUGAAGUCCUAAAGUCAAGCCAAUAAGUACUUAAAUCAAACAUAAAAAUAUUAAAUAAAUUCAAAAUGAAAAAAAUAUCUAAUUUUUAAUUCUCUAGAAGCUUAGAUUGAUAAGCAAAAUCAUAAAAAGUACUAAAAAUCGACCAUAAAAGUACCUACUAAAUUCAAUGCUAAAAGUACCUACUAAAA